AAAAUGCAACCCUGCACACAGCUGUCAAAAUGAAAAUACUUUCAUAUGCACUUCGAGCAUUUUCAAAUGAAAAAGAAUUUUUGUUUACCAAAGUGCCGGUUUUCCAUAAAAAAUAUAAAUUAUCUUCGUAACAUAAUAAAAGUUGUUUAAAAUGCAAACGAGUGCACAAAUAUCGUCGGAUAUAAAAGAUUUGCAGUAUUUCUUUAAAAGGCAUAAGAUCGUACGUGAGCAGAGAGCGCAUUCAGCGAAGGUGCAUUCAGUUGGUUGGAGCUGUGAAGGACGUCGUUUAGCUUCAGGUUCAUUUGAUAAAACUGUUGUUGUGUACACAUUAGACAGAGAUCGCUUGGCAAAAGAUACCACUUUACGUGGUCAUACAGCUUCUGUAGAUCAGCUGUGUUGGCACGCACAUCAUCCAGAUUUGUUAAGUACAGCUAGUGGUGAUAAGUCUGUACGCAUAUGGGACGCUAGAGCUGGAAGGUGUUCUGCUGUUGUGAAUACAAAAGGUGAAAAUAUUAAUAUAACUUGGUCACCAGAUGGCAAAACAAUAGCUGUUGGCAAUAAGGAUGAUUUAGUCACAUUUAUCGAUGCACGUACAAAUAAAAUAAAAGUUGAGAAACAAUUUAACUUUGAGGUUAAUGAAAUUGCUUGGAAUAAAAACAAUAAUUUGUUCUUUUUAACUAGUGGUACAGGUAGUGUACACGUUUUGAGUUAUCCUAAUUUAGAAUCAAUGGAAGUACUUCGAGGACACCCUGCGACAUGCAUAUGCAUUGAAUUUGAUCCCACUGGCAAAUAUUUUGCUGUUGGGUCUGCUGAUUCUUUGGUUUCUGUUUGGAAUGCGAAUGAAUUGUCAUGUCAACAUGUAAUCGAACGUUUGGAAUGGCCUGUACGCACUAUUUCUUUCAGUCAUGAUGGCAAAUUAAUAGCUUCUGGUAGUGAAGAUUUGUUUAUUGAUAUUGCAUAUGCUACAACGGGUGAGAAAGUAACAAAAGUACCGGUAGAUGCAUCAACAUUUACUGUAGCUUGGAAUCCGAAAAAAUACUUACUAGCUUAUGCUUGUGAUGAUAAAGAUAAUAAUGAUCGACGACGUGAGGCUGGGAAUUUAAAAGUAUACGGGUUUGAAAAUUAAAUUUUUCGAAACCAGUUAAAAUGAAACGAAAACGUUCUAUAUUAAAUAUUUAUUAUUAUGUU